GAGCCCUGGCGCGCGCGGCUGGGGAGGCCGUCGGGCUAGUCUGGGCGGCGGAGGGCUCGCCUCGCGGGUGCGCGCCGCCCCUCCCGAGGGUCCGAGUUGGCGCGGGCUUCGUCGGCCCUGGGCGCUGGGCGCUGGGACCUUCCCGGGCGGUGAGCGUACUCAGGUCCUGGUCGCUGGAAACCGUUGCACUCAGGCGCUUUGCGGAGGUCCCCAGAGGCCGAAGGCCCCAGACACAGAGAGAGAGAGAGAGAGAGAGGCAGAGGGAGAAGCAGGCUCCAUGCCGGGAGCCCGACGUGGGACUUGAUCCCGGGGCUCCAGGAUCGCGCCCUGGGCCAAAGGCAGGCGCCAAACCGCUGCGCCACGCAGGGAUCCCCCACUGGCGCCUUUUUACCCGCUUCACCGUGCCACCCAACUUCGUCUGUCUCGUGUGAUGGAAAUAAAGACCCCGCCUGCCGGAGUUGUGCAAACUGAAGCAGAUGGUAUUACAGAGUAUCUAGCACGGUCGAUCCUGUGAAGAGUUUCAACCAAGUUGCUUCCACUUUAUAAGGGCCUCUGCAGUCAGUGCCCUUAUUUUGUUUCUCUACCACCGAACUAAUCUUUACUGAUUACUCCAAAUUUCUCCUGCUGCUUUGCAUCUAGGGCUGCUGGUCUUCGCUAGAUGUUUGUAGGUGAGGUCAUUUGGAUGAAUUUACGCACACCGGAGCAUACCCCGUGCAGGUUUCUAAGGGGAUGCUCACUUCCCAAAAUAAAAUCUUAAAGGCUUGUUGCUUGAAACAGUAACAGACCGCAGUGAAGAGAUGGUGGCAGUUUAGGGGAGCUAAUUUGAAAGAAGAUCAAAGACCUCUAAAAAGUCAUUUGGAAACAUCUGUAAAUAUUUGUAACUGCAUAUAAGCAGCUAUAGAAAAAUUAAUCCUCAGUGAAACUAACUGAAUAGUUGAAGCAGGUUUAUGUGUGUGUCAUCGGUUCUAUCCAGAAGUAUAAGAAUCUUUAUUUGAAUUUAAGGAUUGUGUGCCUUUAGUGAGAGGAUGACUUUUCAGUUUAAUUUCACCAUAGUAAACCACCUGGAAAAUGAAUCAGUGCCUCUUGGAGAUGGAGCUUUGGCUGUGGAUUCCUCCAAAGAGUCUUCAGUCUCAGAAGGUAAACACAGGGACAGGAAAUGUUCUACAGAACAGUUUGACUUACCUCAGGAUCAUUUGUUGGAACAUAAGCAACUGGGAAAUGCAACUCCCUCUCAAGACACAGACAGCUCACUCACUGCAGCAAACAGUUCAAGUAACUUGGAGCCACAGGAAGAACAUCCCUACAUAAGAGUUGCCAAAGAGCAUACAGUGCCUGAAGAUUUAAAGAAAGUGUUAGAAAACAAAGUCAUAGAGACAUUACCAGGUCUCCAACAUGUAUCAGUAGUGAAAACCAUCUUGUUGAAAGAGAAUUUCCCUGGAGAAAACAUAAUUUCACAAAGUUUUUCUUCUCAAUCUGAUCUGAUCACAGGUGUUUAUGAAGGAGGCUUAAAAAUCUGGGAAUGUACCUUUGACCUCCUAGCAUAUUUCACAAAGGCCAAGGUGAAAUUUGUUGGGAAAAGAGUGUUGGAUCUUGGCUGUGGAUCGGGGUUGCUGGGUAUAGUUGCGUUCAAGGGUGGGGCCAAAGAAAUUCAUUUUCAAGAUUAUAACAGUUUGGUGAUUGAUGAAGUAACCUUACCUAACGUAGUGGCUAACUCUACUUUGGAAGACAAAGGAAAUGAUGUAAAUGAACCUGAUGUGAAAAGAUGCAGGAAAUCAGAAGUAGCACAAGAAUUAUCUAAAUGCCGGUUCUUUUCUGGGGAGUGGUCUGAGUUUUGUAAGCUUGUACUAAAUAGUGAAAAAUUCUUUGAAAAAUAUGAUCUCAUUCUUACCUCAGAAACCAUUUACAAUCCAGAUUAUUAUGGUACUUUGCACCAGACAUUCCUUAGAUUGUUAGAUAAAAAUGGACGGGUGCUUUUGGCCAGCAAAGCACAUUAUUUUGGUGUAGGUGGAGGUAUUCAUCUCUUUCAGAAGUUUGUAGAAGAAAGGAAUGUAUUUGAGACUAGAACACUCGAAAUAAUUGAUAAAGGACUAAAGAGAUUCCUAAUUGAAAUGACUUUUAAGUAACCCAGUUAAUGUCCACUGAGUGUCCCAACUGAAAUAAACAGAAUAACCAAAAA